UUCUUCGAUGAGACACUCAAAUGCCUAUUUGGGUACCUCUGUUUUCUUCCAAUAAUCCGACAAGAAGAAGGGUAUAAUUACUGGUAAGUCAACGCACCUCUGGAAUGUUUCACUCAAGCUGAAUCUCGAUGCUGUUCUCGCAUCAUCUGCGCCCAUUUACAUCUCUUGCUGCCCAAAUCCAAGCAUCAGCACCUCAAACCACUUUACGGCGAACUUUCGUAUCAACAGCAGCCAUGGCAACCCCAAAGCUCCAGAAGGCUAUCCUCCAGCCAGACGUGCAGUCCACAGACGUGAUCCUGAUCACCGACCACCCCGUUCCAGUCGCCAAGCCGUCCUCUACCGAGCAUCUCAUCCGCGUCCACACAACUGCCAUAACCAACGGCGAGUUGCUCUGGGGGAAGAACUUCCCCAUCCCCGCCGAGUACAGCGCCACGAAGAUCAUGGUCCCCUGCAACGACGUCGCUGGUACUGUCCUAACGGCCCCUGAGUCCUCCCCAUUCCAGCCUGGCACAGAAGUCUACGCACGCUCCAACUACUACCGCACAGGCUGUGCGCGCGAGUACUCCAUCUUGUUGACGGAAGAGAUGGCAAAGAGGCCACAGAGAUUGACAUGGGCAGAGUCGGCUACGGUUCCUAUGUCCGCUGAGACGGCGUGGCAGGCUCUGUUUGUCCAGGCCGGGCUUGAGCCCAAGGCUGGAAGCGCCAAGGGGAAGCGUAUCUUUAUCACCGCUGCGUCUGGAGCUGUGGGAACUUGGCUUGUUCAACUCUCGAAGUGGAUCGGGGCAGAGGUGAUCGGGACAUGUGGGUCGAGUAGCGUAGAGUGGGUGAAGUCGCUGAAGGCAGAUACUGUGCUCGACUACACCAAUACAAAUGUCAAGGAAUGGGCCAGCGUCGAGGGUAAUAAGGUUGAUCUCGCAAUCGACUGUUUCGGUGGAAAGUCUCUCGAGGAUGCUUGGUGGGUAGUGAAGGAUGGCGCGACCUUGAUCAGCAUCUACCAGCCUCCGGAGCAGAAGAAACCUGCUGGCGUAAAAGGCAACAUCAAAAACUUCUUCUUUAUUAUGGAGUCGAAGGGAGAUCAACUCCAGAAGGUCACAGAGCUGAUCGACUGCGGGUUCGGAAAGACAGCGUUAGACAGCUCCUUUCCACUCGACCACUUUCAGGAGGCGUUUGCGAAGCUGAAGAGCGGCAAGGCUAAGGGGAAGGUUGUCAUUGACCUUGGUGUGGUUUAGAGGGGUGUGUGCAGAGUGCAGCUUUCGUAUUAAUAGGUGUUUGGGUUAUGAUUGUGAGGGAGUCUUUAUACAUAAAAUUGA